CUCUUAUCACCCAAUCCUCCUCCACGGCGUUGUAAGAUUUCGGGAUGCUACCUUUAACGAAGGCUUAUUCCCCGAUCGACUUUGUUUUAAAACCACACCUAAGUUUGUGUCAAUGUCCCAAAGAGUCUUGGCCGCCGCGCGAUUCUCGACCGUCUUCAGUCUAUAGGUAGCGCAUCAUCGAUCAUCGAUAUUGACCAUGCCUCGGUGGACAGUGCUUUCUUGGCCUAGUCCUGAGUGAUAGAAAUACUACAUAGUCCAUCUGCUGGUCCAACGACCUGCUCUACGCCCAAUUCAUAUUGUUUGAUUAUCAAGUCCACAGCUAUGCAAUUUUCUUCUCUGCUCGGAGCCCUGGCUUUGGCUUCUUGUGGCGUUGUUGCCCAAAAUGUCACUUACUGUCCCUCUGGCAACGUAUGCUAUGCAGUUAACGUCCCUGCUACCACUGCAUCUAGCGGUUCUGGCGAUAUAUACUUUCAAAUCACUGGGCCUUCAACAUUAUCCUGGAUAGGGUUGGGCCAGGGAACAUCUAUGACAGGAGCGAAUAUAUUUAUGAUCUACGCGAACUCGGCGGGGGACAAUGUUACACUCUCACCACGUCUUGGUUCUGGAAACAGACAACCCGAAUCAGAUACUACCACGGAUGUAACGCUCUUAGGAGGCUCAGGAAUCUCAAACGGUGUAAUGACUGCGAACGUCAGAUGCUCAAACUGUAAUACAUGGACUGGUGGAUCCAUGAGUCUCACCGACACGAACUCUAAUUGGAUCUGGGCAUACAAGACCGGUUCUGUGAUCUCUUCAGACGAUGUUUCUGCCAAUCUUGCUCAGCACAGUAACUACGGAGAAACGACGUUCAAUCUCCAGAACGCUGGUGGUGGUAGCAGUUCCAACCCUUUCCUGGCCACCACAGCAAUGUCAACAUCAUCGGGAAACAAUUCUGGAUCAUCAUCGUCGGGCUCAUCCUCUGUAGGUGGCGAUUCGAUGCCGGCGGACUAUGCCAAUGUUAGAAUGGCUCAUGCUAUCUUGGCUCCUAUUGCAUUCGUACUCUUCUUCCCCAUUGGCGCCAUGGCAAUUCGUCUUCUGAGUUUCCCGGGCCUGGUUUGGGUCCACGCUGGCUGGAUGACAUUCACAUAUAUCAUUGUUCUGAGCAGCAUGGGUAUGGGCGUAUGGAUGGCAGUUGUGUCAAAACAGCUUGACCAAUACCAUUCGAUUAUUGGACUGGUAGUCGUGGGAUGUCUGCUUUUGCAGCCCAUUUCUGGUUUCACGCAUCACCUUCUGUAUAAGCGUGAAGGCCGACCCAAUGCUGCAACAUACCCUCAUAUCUUCUGGGGCAGAGCUGUGAUUACACUCGGUAUCAUCAACGGUGGUCUCGGUCUUCAAUUGUCGGGCAAUACAGUAAAAGGAGAAAUCGCAUAUGGCGUCGUCGCUGCUGUUAUGUGGCUGCUGUGGAUGAUUGUCAUCGUUCUUGCUUUCAUCAGAAGUAGGAAUAAGCCCGAGGGAGAAACUGGAGAAGCUGUCUUCGAGAAGCCUAAUGACAGCACCGAGAGGAUGAGAAUUUCUCAGUCUGUUCACCAGCAGGACAGCCCCCUUCGCCUUUCUUUUUCGGGUGACAACAUCGGUCUUGCGCCAAAGCCGACAUAUGGUUAGGGUCAGCGCAGGUCCGACAAUGAGGUCAAAGGCACUUGGUGUGUAAUUUUGUCUUCUCGAACAUGCUUGGGGUGAGAUAGAUGCUUGACGAACUUUAUGACUUACUUUUCUUAUUAU